CCAAGGAAACUAUUUAUGCUGCUGAAGGAAGGCAAUGAUGAGUUGCAACAUGGCAAUUUGAAAGGGAAAAAUAUCACAGAAGAUGAAGUUAACAGAGAUGACAACCUUAACAGUGGGAGACUCCAACUGCAUCACCUUACAGAGAAUCUUCAGCUGUGUGCUCAGCCUGAGAAGGAUUCUGACAAGCUUCAUUUCACUCUGGUACCCCACCACCACACAGGACAUAACUACUCUUGGAGCUUGGUGUCCGACAGUGAAACACCCCCAUUUCAUCACCCACCAGAGAACCUGCAGCAGGAUGCUCAGACUGAGAAGGACUCUGACAAGCAUCAUCUCCCUUCUGUACCACAGCUGCAGACAGGAUAUAAAUGGAACAAGAGCUCUGAAUGUGACCGUGAAACAUGUCGGAUACAACACUCAAAGAACCUGCAGCUCAGUGCUCAGAUGGUGAAUGGCUCUGACGAGCAUUGUCUCACUUCUGUACCACAGCUUCAGACAAGGUCUAACUGUAGCAAGAGCUCUGAAUGUGACAGUAAAACACGUCGGAUACAACAUGCAACACAGAACCUGCAGCAGUGUGCUCAGAUGGUGAAGGGCUCUGACAAGCAUGGUCUCACUUCUGUACCACAGCUUCAGACAGGAUAUAAUUGUAGUAAGAGCUCUGAACAUGACAGUGAAACACGUCUGGUACAACACUCAACAGAGAACCUGCAGCUGUGUGCUCAGCCUGAGAAGGACUAUGACAAGGUUCAUGUGACUCAGUCAGGAUAUAUCUGCAGCCAGAGCACUGAAUGUGACAAGGAAACAUGUCAGGUACAUCAGUCAACUGAGAAUCUGCAGCUCUGUGCUCAGCCUGGGAGGAACUCUGGCAAGCUUCAUCUCCCUCCUAUAUCCCAGCUUCACCCAGGAUUUAACUGCACCCAGAGCUCUGAAAGUGAGAGUAAAACACCUCCGGUACAUUCCCUAAUAGGCAACCUACAGCAGUUUAAUCAGAAGGUGAAGGGCUUUGACAUGUGGCAUCUGCCAUCUGUGCCACAAGUUUAUACAGGCUACAACUGCAUCAAGAACUCUGAAUGUGGUACAAGUUUUAUUGUACAGCAAAAUCAAGUAAUGCAUCCAAUUUCUAACACUGGAAAGAAACCAUAUAAAUGUACUAAACAUAAUAGGAGUUUCAUGCAAAAGAAUCAUCUAAAACAUCAGGUUAAUAAGACUUGCAUAGACAAGGCAUCAUAUAAAUGUCCUGAGUGUGGUAAGUGUUAUGUAAGAAAAUAUUCUCUUCUAUGUCAUCAAAAGACUCAUGCAGAGAAGCACCCAUAUAAAUGUUCUGAAUGCAAUAAGUGUUUCUCAAGUAACAAUAGCCUGAUAUGUCAUCAGGCCAUUCAUUCAGGGCUAAAACCAUAUAAAUGUGUGGAAUGCAGUAAAUGUUUUUCACAGCGUAGUCAACUGACGCGUCAUAGAUUCGUUCACACAGGCGAGAAACCAUAUAAAUGCACUAAAUGUAGCAAGUGUUUUUCACAGAGCUCUGAUGUGAUAAAGCAUCAGGCCAUUCAUUCAGGGCUAAAACCAUAUAAAUGUGUGGAAUGCAGUAAAUGUUUUUCACAGCGUAGUCAAUUGAGGCGUCAUAGAUUCGUUCACACAGGCGAGAAACCAUAUAAAUGCACUAAAUGUAGCAAGUGUUUCUCACAGAGCUCUGAUGUGAUAAAACAUCAAAGCACACACACAGGGGAGAGGCCAUUUAAAUGCACUGAUUGCAAUAAAUGUUUUUCACGUAACAGUAGCCUGAUUCGCCAUCAGACCAUUCACACAGGGUUAAGACCUUUUAAAUGCGCUAAAUGUACCAAGUGUUUUUCACAAAGAUAUGACAUGGUACACCACCUAACCACUCACACAGGAGAGAAACCAUAUAAAUGUGAUGAGUGUGGUAAGAGUUUCCUAUACCAGAAAGGCCUAGUAAUUCAUCAGGCCAUUCAUGAGGAGGACAAACCAUAUAAAUGUGCAGAAUGUAGUAAGUGUUAUAAAGACAAGACUAGUCUCCAGUACCACCAAAGGACUCACACAGAGGAGCUGAAAGGAAAUGGAAUCAGCAAAAAAAGCCAGCCCAGCCAGCCAGCAGCCCAGGCCAGCCAGCUCAGCAAGCCAGCCCCAGCCCCAGCAGCCAGCCAGCCAGCAGCCAGCCAGCCCCCAAAGCCAGCAGCCAGCCAGCCCCAGCCAGCAGCCAGCCAGCCAGCCAGCCAGCCAGCCAGCCAGCCCCAGCCAGCCAGCAGCCAGCCCCCAGCCCAGCCUAGCCAUACAAGCGCCAGCCCAAGGCCACCAAAAGCAGGAUGCCAGCUGGCCAGCCAGCAGGAAGUUGAACAGCUAUCCUCGAGACUUGAAACAGACUGCAGAGAGAAAGGAAAGAUGCAGCAUGUGUGUGCUAAAAGUGAGAGAACAGAGCAGUGCUGUGGGGAGCACAGAAGGAGACUGGAGUUGUUCUGCCAGGAAGAUGAGAUGUUUGUCUGUGUCCUGUGUGUUCCCAGGCAUUCCAAACAUAAUUUUGUUCUUAUCCAUGAGGCUGUCAAUGUGUAUAAGGACAAGCUAAAGUCAGAGUUAUUGUCCCUGCAACUAAAAGUCAAGGACCUUAAAGAUUUGCAAAACAAGAAUGAAAAGGAACUUGUGGACGUACAAAAACAUGCUUGCAGUUUGGAACAAUACCUGAAAGUACAAUUUGCAGAACUGCACCAGUUUCUUCAUGACAGAGAACAAAAUCUUAUUCAACAGCUUAAGAAUGAAGAAGCACAAAUUCUGAAAGAAAUGAAAGAAAAUCUUGAACGCAUUAAAAUUAAUGUUGCAGACAUCCAUGUCACAGUGUCUGAUGCCAUCGUAAAGCUCAAGACUGAAGAAGUGGAGACUCUGAAAGAGUUCGAAGAAAAUCCAGAAGACAUUAAAAGUUUUACCGUGGAAAUUCAAGAAGUAGGCCUUGAUGAUAAUUUGGAACUUACAAAACUGCAGGAAACCAAUGUUUUUCUAACAGUACCAGAAACAUUUGAUGAUGUUGCUGUCACUUUCUCCGAAGAGGAAUGGAAGAUGUUAAGAAAACGAGACAGGAUGCUUCACAGGGAAGUGAUGGUACAAAACUAUGAAACCCUGGUUUCAAUAGGAUACCAAAUCCCCCCAAUGAAAUUAUUUCAACUUCUUAAAGAAGGUGAUGAUGUUGAAGUAUCACAUGGUGAUUUGGAAGGAGAAAACAUAACAGAACAUGAAGAUAACAUUGAAGACCAGCUGAACAGUCAGAGACUGCAGCAGUAUCAUCCAAAAGAAAAUCUGCAGCUGUGUGCUCAGCCGGAAAAAGACUCUGACAAGUUUCAUGUCCCUCCUGUAUCCCAACGUCACUCAGGACUUAACUCCAGCCAGACCACUGAAGGUGGCAAUAAAACAUGUCAGAUGCAUCAUUUAAAGAGCCUGCAGAAGUGUGCUCAGAUGGUGAAGGACUCUGACAAGCAUCAUCUCCCUUCUGUACCACAGCUGCAGACAGGAUAUAAAUGGAAGAAGAGCUCUGAAUGUGACCGUGAAACACGUCAGGUACAACACUCAAAAAACCUGCAGCAGUGUGCUCAGAUGGUGAAGGGCUCUGACAAGCAUUGUCUCACUUCUGUACCCCAGCUUCAGACAAGAUCUAACUGCAGCAAGAGCUCUGAAUGUGACCGUGAAACACGUCGGAUACAACAGUCAACACAGAACCUGCAGCAGUGUGCUCAGAUGGUGAAGGGCUCUGACAAGCAUUGUCUCACUUCUGUACCACAGCUUCAGACAGGAUAUAACUGUAGCAAGAGCUCUGAAUGUGACAGUAAAACACGUCUGGUACAACACUCAACAGAGAACAUGCAGCAGUGUGCUCAGAUGGUGAAGGGCACUGACAAGCAUCAUCUUCCUUCUGUACCCCAGCUUCAGACAGGCUCUAACUGCAGCAAGAGCUCUGAAUGUGACCGUGAAACACGUCGGGUACAACACUCAACAAAGAACCUGCGUGCUCAGACAGUAAAGGGCAACAAAAAGCUUUGUCUCCCUCCUGUAUCCCAGCUUCACUCAGGACUUAACUGCCCCCGGGCAGGAGAGAACCCAUUUAAAUGUACUGAAUGCAGUAAAUAUUUUCCAUGCCGCAGUAGCUUGAACUACCAUCGGAACAUUCACCCCGGGGUAAAACCACAUAAAUGUGCUAACUGCAAUAAGUGUUUUUCAGACAAGGGUCAGCUGAAACGUCAUAUGCUCAUUCACACAGGAGAGAAAUCAUAUAAAUGCACUGAAUGCAACAGGUGUUUUUCACAGAACAGUGCUUUGAUAAAACAUCAAACCACUCACUCAGGGGCGAAGCCCUAUAAAUGUUCUGAAUGUAAUAAAUGUUUUUCACGUAAUAGUAGCCUGAAACACCAUCAGACCAUUCACACCGGUGUAAAGCCGUAUCAGUGUGCUGAAUGCAGUAAGGGUUUUUCAGAGAAAAGUCAGCUAAAACGUCAUCAACUUGUACACACAGGGGAGAAAAAAUAUACGUGUGCUGAAUGCAAUAAGGUUUUUUCAGAGAAAAGCCAGCUGACUCGGCAUCAAUUUAUUCACACAGGGAAGAAAUCCUAUAAAUGCAGUGAAUGCAAUAAGUGUUUUUCAUAUGAAUGUCAGCUGAAAUGUCAUCAAUUUAUUCACACAGGGGAGAAGCCAUAUAAAUGCACUGAAUGCAGUAAGGGUUUCUUACAGCACAGGGGUUUGAUAAUGCAUCAAACUACUCACACAGGGGAGAAGCCAUUUAAAUGUACUGAAUGCAGUAAGUGUUUUUCACAACAAAGUACUUUGAAAUCACAUCAAACCAUACACACAGGAGAGAGGCCAUACAAAUGCCCUGAAUGCAGUGAGUGUUUUUCUUACAGAAGUCAGUUGAAACGCCAUCAACAAACUCAUACAGGAGUGACCUCCUGUCAUAGAAGGAACAAGUAGUCCACACAAACUGAUAGGCCAAAUAACAGAUCUAGACAUGAUAAAGUGGAUUGCUGACGAUAAAGAAGUUAUGUAUCAUCACUAUUGUGCAACAAGCCCAGAAUUUCCAGACAGAGGAUAUAUAGCAAAAGUAAAAGAAAGAAAAACAGUUGCACAAGAAAAAAUGUUAAAAGCAACAGGUUCAGAGGUUCAAGGAAAACAUGUUCAAGCUGAAAACACAUUGGGCCACCUGGAAAAAUAAUUAACAGAGACCAUGAGAAAAGAUAAAGCACAAGACCAGAGGUUUCGGAAAGGAAAAAACAAGAGACCUGGAGACAGGAAAGAAAAAGAGAUCUUUUAAUAUGCAAUAGUUAUGCAGAGAAGAUAGCCAAACAAAUCAAUACAAACAAAAAAAAAAAACAGAUCUAAAGAUGUUUGAAGAGAAAUAUAGGCAAAAAAGGAGGUUUAGCAAGAUAGAAAUUAAGCAAAUAGAAAUUGAAAUGAUAGCCCAUCUGUGAAGUGAAGGGCUAAAUGUGGAUACUCCAACACAAGAAGUGUUGUAACAUGAUGGAAACUGGGCCUCCUGAUGGGGGGAGCAGUGGGUGGAGCAGCAUGCUUCUGAAGAUGAUAUGCUGCAGGAAUAUAUUCUGGAGCCUUCUGUAAGAAACACAUCAAAGUCCAGCAGAAGUUCUGCAGCAGUGGAAGGAGCAGAAACUGUGGCAACUCUGAACCAGGUAAUGGUACAGCAUGAUGGACCAGCUGAGCCCCAAAGGGGAUGAAGCAAGAUGCUUUUGAAGAGGAUACUUCACAGGAAGAUGUUCUGGAAACUUCUGUAGAAGACUUUCAGGAAACAGAGCAAAGAAGAUGCUCUCAUUCCAGAAGAAAAUGAAAAAAUGGAAGGCAUGUUUUAUUUAACAGAGAUGGAUAAACAUACUGAAAUAGAUUAAAUAAAUAAGUAAGACACAAGCUGUUAGACAACAGGAAAAAGAGAUGAACACAGUAGUCAGGACAAUUGAGAUAAACCCAUGCGAUAUAAUGGAAAACAUAGGGUCUAGUACUAUGUAGCUAAGCUAAUAAUAAUAAAGUGUGACCAUAAAAAUGUAGAAUAACAAAGAAUAAGCAACAAUUAUGUCCCUAUGAUGCACUAAAUAGAGUGAACUGUAAAGCAACUAAAACAAGAAGUAUCACCGUUGGAGGAAAGUAGAAAAAGGGAACAAUCAGAUCCUAAGAAAGAUGGAUAUGGUAAAAAUAACACACAGUAUUAAAACAGACCAGGCUAUUUCCACUAAUAAACUAAAAAUAUCACCACGAGAAGAAGAAAACAGUAGAUAUGUAGAUAAAUAUAAAGGAAAAAUACAAAAUAUGCAAUUCAUUGAUGACCCAUAAAGGUUUUAUAGAGAACUGGGGAACAUAGUAAAAGGAAGAGAAACACCACCAAAAAAGAAGAAAAAAGUACAAUUCAUAGAGGCAUUUAUGAAGACCCUGUCAAACAUAACAAAAAUGCUCAAUGGAUAAAAGAGUUAAAAGAAAACGUAGGGAGCUCCAAUGCAAACAAUAAGAAAUGGGAUGAGGUAACAGCCGGAAAAAUCAAGACAAAAUUAAAGAAAGGCUCCUAAGUGGAAAAUCCCAGGCCCAGAUGCAGCAUCUACCUUUUGGCUAAAAGUAUUAAUAUCUUUAAAGAAAAGAUUUAGGCCUGAGUAAGAUUUGCUUUCUUGCUUAUCCUGAACAGACAUCCACCUUGUUAACAGGUAAAAUGAAAAUUAUCCUUAAGGAUGAACUUGUAAACCAUCCUAAGAACUAUCUAUAGACCAAUAAUCUGUCUUCUGACAGUUAUGUAAAUUAUAUAUUGGAAUUGAUGCAGAAAGCAUCUAUAUCCAUGUAGAAAAAAAAUCAGUCAUGGCAACAGAACAAAAUAUGAAAAGAAAGUUGUAUGGCACAAAUGAUCAUCUAUUGUGAAACAAACCAUAACAAAAAAGCUGUAAAAAAGGUUAACUGUCUAUGUAUGGCAUAGAUAGAUUCCAAAAUGCAUUUAACAACCUCCCACAUUCAUGGAUAAGGGAAUGCUUACAAAUGUAUAAGACACUGCCUAUACUGACCAAUUACAUUGCAAUGACUGUAAGUCCUGACAAUGAGUAAAAUUAUUAUCCUAGGGUUAAAAGUUCAAAAGUGGGGUGCAUUCCAGGGUGAUUGUUUGGUACUAAUGCUGUUUUGUUUUGCCCUUAACCAUUAAGCUGUUUACUUAAUAGAUCAGGCUAUGGUACUAAAAAAAAUGUUUAAAGACAUCUAAUCAAAUUUUUGUGGAUAAUUUAAAAAAUGUAGUUCAUUAGAUGAUUAUCUGAAAGUACAACUACAAAUGGUUAAACCUUUCUCUGAUGAUACAGGAACGGCAUUUGGUCUUGAUAAUGUGUAAAAGCAAGACUGCAGGAUAAAGAAAAUAUUAACCUUUGACAGAAAUGUAAAACAAAAAAACUUGAGCAGAAAGGAGUUUAGAAAUAUAUGGGAAUAGAUGAAAGGUCAGCAAUAAAAUAUGAAAGAACAAAUUGGAAAAAAACCUUAGUAAGGAAUACAUCAGAAGAUUAAAGCUAGUACUGAAAAUUAUCUGACAUGUAGAAAUAAAGUUCAAGCUAUGCAUCAAUUUGCUCUUCCUAUUCUAAGUCACAUUUUUUGUGACUGACUGCCCCCCCCCAAAAAAAUUAGACACAAAGUUCAAAUGGUACAUAAAAACUGUGCAUAACCAAGAUUAUAUAUUCCUCUCUCUGAUGGAGGUAUAGGCUUGCUUGAAACUAAGUGUAUAGAGCUGCAGUUGUGAGACUACAUACAUAUUUGUUAUUUGCUGACAUCAUCAGAUUCCAAAUAUAGUGAAAGUUCUAAAGCAUGAAGAGAAGUCUAUGAUGACAUAUUUGCUUAGUUUAGCAGAAGCAUUUCAGAGCAAAUUGGGAAUGGAAAUCAAACCAUAGGUAGACAAAAGUCAUAAAGCAACUGUGAGUGCCAAACACCAAAUAAAUUGUAUAAGGAAAAGGAUCAGAAGAGAAGGAAUGAAAAUCCGAAAAUUUAUAAAUAUACUCAAAGUAUAGAGAAAGUCUGCCCCAACCUCAUGUUGACUAAGAAUUGACACAGGAAUUAAGUAGAGGUGAAAUUAAACCAAUAGAUGAACGCUAAUACUGGCAUCUCAAGAUAGUGAGCCAUAUACUCUUUGGUUUACAAAGUCAAUUGAAAAAGUAGGAGAAACAGAUGAAUUUAAGGUCUGUAAAACUGGAAAAAGUUGCACAUCUUGCUGCUCAGUGUGAUAUGCUUAUGGGUGAGGAUCUGGGUACUGAAAGGUACAGUAAUGUGGCAAGAAUGAUGAACUAGGGAUUGUACAAACCUUAAAUAUAGAAGCUGCUUUGAAGCAUCGGCAACAUGAACCUCAAAGCAUUAUGACAGUGAUGAAGUUUAUAUCAGACAGGAUCACCCCAUUACCAACAGUUGAAAACAUAGAUGCAAAAAAAAACACAGUACUUCAAAUUAAAAGAUAAAAGUAGCAGUGAUCAUUAAAAUAGCAAAACAAAGAUUAUAGUGUCUUGCAUAAAAAGAUACACAAAGUCAUAAAAUGCCAGGAUAUGUCAGAAGAAACUAGAGCAAUGAGGAAUAGAGAUACCAAGACCAUUCUAAUUGUGGUAUGAGCAAUGGGAUUAAUAAAUGUAGAAUUUACAAACAUUUUGAAAUAUGCUACCAAUACAAGUAACCAUAUAUGAAAUACAAAAGGAUACAGUUCUGGGAACAUUGCAGGUGCUGCGAAGAGCACUGCUGGCUAACAUCAAAGACUAAAACA